AGACGAGUGAUGGCUACGUAUGAAGCAGUAUAGAAAUUAUUAUUAAAUUGUUAAUUGAAAUAAAUUAUUGUGUAAGGCAUACGCAUCAGUUACUUAUAAUUACACGAAAAUGAUCGACGACAAUACCAGCAGAAGUUUUAUUUCUAAAUGGCCUCAACUAAUAGCAGUAAUAACAGGAACAAUCGGUACCAUAAGCGAUGGCAUGCAGUAUGGCUGGACAGCGCCUAAUAUUCCGAAGCUACAUUUAGACGACAGUCCCAUUAAGAUAGAAAAGCACGACGAAGAAUGGAUAGAAAAUAUCUACAUGAUAGGAAAUAUCGCAGGUCUUCUAUUUACAAUAAUUUAUAUGAAGUUCUUGGGUAGAAAAAUAAUUGUAAUAUUGGCCGCCAUAAAACACGUAAUAGCAUGGAUAUUAAUAGCAACAGCAACCAGAAUAGAAGUUCUUUAUUGUGCACGGUUCCUUGCCGGUGCUGCUGGUAAUAUAGCUUUUGUUUCCCUGCCAAUGUACAUCGCAGAAGUAGCAGAUGAAAGUAUUCGAGGAUUUUUGGGAACUUUUGUUUACACCAGCAUGAUUCUUGGUGUGCUGGUGAUUUACAGCGUCGCACCAUUUACGUCAAUAGCAGUUUCUUCGAGUGUAGGAGCAGCGUGUGUUACGCUUCAAAUAAUCACCUUCAGUUUUAUGCCUGAAUCACCAUAUUAUCAUAUCAUCAAAGGAAAUCAGGAAGCUGCUUUAAAAUCUCUUCAAACCUUCCGAAGAAGGGAAGAUGUUUAUGACGAACUUAAAGACAUUACGAGCGCCGUUGAAAGACAAGAAUCGGAAAAAGGGAGGAUCAUUGACAUAUUUAUUGUCAGGAGUAACCUUAAAGCAUUUAUUAUAGCGAUCACACUCAAUUUUGCACAGCAUUUCAGUGGUAUAAGCGUUUUAUUAAUGAAUGUUCACACAAUUUUAGCGGAUGCUGAGUCAGUUAUUUCUGCAGAGACCGGUCCAAUCAUCAUAGCUGCGACCAUGCUUAUUGCUUGCAUAGCAUCUUCAUUUAUUAUAGACAAAUUUGGUAGAAAAAAGCUUCUUGUUAGCUCCAGUAUUUUGACAGGAUUAGCUCUUACUGUACUGGCGACUUAUUUUUAUAUUAAAAAUUCUGAUUAUGAUAUUUCUAAUCUUAGUUGGAUCCCUGUUGUGUCCGUAACCAUGUAUUCAUUGUUUUUCAAAUUUGGUCUUGGAAUGGUUCCAAUUGUAUUUUUAGGAGAAUUGUUUCCCACUAGCGUUAAAGGAAUGGCAAUGAGCAUUGUUGAUAUAUCGUAUGGUAUGUGUGCAAUUCUAUCAGUUUAUGUGUACAUCCAUCUCAGUUCUUUGUACGGAAUACACGUUCCGUUCUUCAUUUUCGCAGGAUUGUGUAUAUUUGCAGCGUUGUUCUCACAAUUUUGCAUACCCGAAACCAAAGGUAAAACGUUAGAGGAAAUACAAAUGAUAUUAAAGGGCAUGUGAUCUCUAACACGUUACAACGAUUUGAAUAUAAUAAAUAAUCGGUUCUAUGCAAAAUUUAUCAUACUUACAAAGCUUAGUUACAAAUACAUAAUACAAGACUAUUACUGGUUGUAAAUUUGUAAUUAAGAGUUGUAAAACAAGUAGGAUUUAACCAAUGAAGGUUUGACUGAAUGAUUAGGAUAUUGAACCUUUUUCUCACAAAAGGGUUUCGGAACGGCUAGCACAAUCAUAACUUGUAGGUGUAACUUCCAAUUUUAUGUAUAACAAAAGCAAUUGUAAAAAUCAACGUUUGAUACAAUUAUCUUGUUUAUUUAUGAUUAGUUUGGUAACAACAGAACAAAAACAAAAAAUUAUAAUAUUUGUUUUAAUUGUUAAUCUUCCAAUCUACAUUAAAAUAAUUACAAUCAUUCUUUGAACGUAAACUGUAAUUUAUUAUUAAACUAUUUAAUUUUGUAAAAAUGCUACGGUAAAUACAAUACAUACGUAUCUGUUUUAACAUAAUUACCUAUUUGAUCCUAUUUAGAAUUAGUUAUACUUCAUGUGAUUGUAACUUUAAAUUAUUUAUUUUGAGAUAUU